AUGACUCUCGUCACUCGCAUCACAGCCAAGACCACGCUACUCGUCCUCCUCGUGAUCGCCUGCACUCAUGAUGUCACCGCUGCCCCGAUACCACAGGGGGAGAUUACUCCGACACCUACCGCCGCAUCGUCGAGCAGCACGAUACACACUGCCACCACCUCUGCCGAACCGAGCACUUCCGCCACACCAAAACUGUCGGGGGCAGACAAGUUGAAGCUUGCCCUCUGCAUCACUCCAGUAGCCUUGGGCACUGCGGUCUUCCUAGGGGUCAUCCUUGUCGACCUCGUUGAAAAAUGGCGCGCCAUCAAGGAGUGCAACAGGGAAAGGGCCAAGAGGAGGCAGGCGAGGCCGGCGCAGCGUCAGUCUGCAAUCAGAUCAAAGCGCAACAACAGCAUCUCGAGCAUUUGGAGUGCCUUCAAAGCGAGCGUGGUGACGACUCGCGCCACCAUCGACAACGGUACGAACGCCGCCCGCGCGUGGGCUGCCAAGCGCGCGACGGCGAUGGCGGACUCGAUGCGUCGCCCGCCUCCCAAACCACAGGAUAUCGAGAUGACCCCAACUGAAGCAGCGACGGAAGCCGCCGUCGACAAGAAACUGGCGUAUGUCCAGAGUGAUGAUGCCUCUGACAACCACCGCAGCGAGGUCCUGGCGGACGGCGGGGAGGCCGAGUCUAACUCCGACCGUAAAGGCAAGCGGAAGUGCGAGAGCGACCACGAGUCGACGAUCGCACCGAGCUAUCGCUCCAGGGACGACGCGCCGGACUACCCCGAGUCAGUCUGGUCGGACGAGUUCGACAUUGUGGAAGCUUCGAGCUCUUCUGGGUCUUGUGCCCCACGCAAAGAGGACAAGUAG